AUUGACUGCGUGUUAGCCCCCUUUACGUGUUUCUCUUUCUCUCUCUCCUCUGUCACGGAAGAAACUUAACAUGAAAAUUUGAUCUUCUCGGACGAUUUUUUUCCCGAGAAAAUUUAACCCAGAGGACUACGCUUCUGUUGAACUCUCUUCCCUUUCUCAAUUUCCACAGCAAUUCAUUCACAAAUUUUAUGAGAGAUUCGAGAAAACCCUGAUGUCAGAUUCCGUCAGAACGACGGUGGAUCCACUUCUGAGAGAUUUGGAUGAGAAGAAAGAGAGUUUCCGGCGGAACGUGGUGUCUAUGGCGGCUGAGCUAAAGCAAGUGAGAGGCCGUUUGGUUUCUCAAGAACAAUUCUUUGUUAAAGAAAGCCUUUGUAGAAAAGAAGCAGAGACAAAAGCUAAGAACAUGGAAAUGGAGAUCUUUAAAUUGCAGAAGAAAUUGGAAGAUAGAGAUUGUCAGCUUGAAGCUUCAACUUCUGCUGCUGAAAAGUUUCUUGAAGAAUUGGACGACCUGAGAUUGCAGCUAGCUAUAACAAAGGAAAUUGCAGAAACAAGCGCUGCUUCUGCUGAAUCCGCACAGCUUCAGUGCUCAAGGUUAACUGAGCAACUUGACGACAAAACACGUUCUCUAAGAGAACAUGAAGACCGAGUGACUCAGCUCGGUCACCAGCUUGAUGAUCUGCAGAGAGAUAUAAGGACAAGAGAGUGUUCUCAGGAACAGCUGAGAGACGAAUUCAUGAGAAUCGAACGUGAGAUAACCGAAGCUGUUGCAAAGUCUGGGAAAGACACAGAAUGUGAGCUCCGGAGACUUUUGGAAGAGGUUACUCCAAAGAACUUUGAGAGAAUGAACAGGCUGUUGGGGGUAAAAGACGAGGAGAUUGCAAAACUAAAAGAUGAGAUAAGGUUAAUGUCAGCUCACUGGAAACUCAAAACUAAGGAACUUGAAUCCCAGUUGGAGAAACAAAGAAGAACAGAUCAAGAGUUGAAAAAGAAGGUACUGAAACUGGAGUUUUGUCUGCAAGAAGCUCGUAGCCAGACAAGAAAGCUACAGAGGAUGGGGGAGAGGCGAGACAAGGCGAUAAAAGAGCUAAGAGAUCAAAUUACAGGAAAACAGUGGAAUGAAUCAGCGUCUGGGGAGAAACCAAACUUUUGGGAUACUUCAGGAUUCAAGAUCGUCGUGUCUAUGUCGAUGUUGAUAUUAGUGAUUGUCUCCAAAAGAUGAGUCCUUAUGUUUCUUUGAUCUUGAACCAUUAUUUUUGCGUGUAAAUGCCAGUAGUUGCAGAUAGUGAGAUAGAAGUAGAUGAUGUUGAAUAAUAUUUACACUUUUGACUUUUGAGGUAAACAAAGAGAGAUCUUACAGUUUUUA